AUGCUGAUUGGUUAUGACAGCAUAGCAGCAAGAGCAGACGCUAAAGAUCCAGAACCAGUAAUUCUAGUUGAUUCCAGUAUUUUUCUUCAAAAUCCGAAGUUUCAUUCUGCAAUUUGGAGACAAUUGGUUUCAGUGAAAUUCAAAGGAGAAGGAGAGUCAUAUGGUGACUGGAGAAGAAGUAUGAUGAUCUCCAUGUCAUCUAAGAAUAAGUUAGGGUUUGUAAAUGGAACUAUAAACAAACCAGAAAUUACUGAUGCUACAUAUCCAGCUUGGAUGAGGUGUAAUGACAUGAUGAUAUCCUGGUUAUUGUUUAACCUAGAAUCAAACAUUGCAAAAAGUGUAAUGUAUUUUAACACAGCCAGAGAAAUAUGGCUGGACCUUGAAGAUAGAUUUGAAUAUGUUAAUGGACCUCAAUUGUUUGCAUUAGAACAACAAGCUUCAGAAGUUACUCAGGGAACACAAAGCAUAUCAGAUUUCUUUACUGAAAUCAAGUCAGUCUGGGAUAAAUUGAGUGUUGCAAAUCCAUUGCCUAGUUGUACUUGUAAUAUGUGCACAUGCAAUUUGACACAGAAGAUUGCUAAGAUGCAACAUGAUCACAGACUUAUGCAAUUUCUCAUGAAAUUGAGUGAGCAUUUAGCCAAUGCAAGAGGUAAUCUCCUCAUGAUGCAACCACUUCCAACUAUAUCUCUUGCCUAUAGAAUGCUGGCACAAGAAGAAAAGCAAAGAGAACUCAGUAUGCCUUCAAUUCAGCAUCAUGACAGCCAUGCUUUUGCAGCAGACAGAAGGAGAUACAAUGAUUUCAAUAACAGAGGAAAUUACAGAGGUCCACAACAGACGUAUGGCAGAAAUAACUACUCAUACAACAACAGAACACCUGCUUACAGAAGGCCUACUUCAAGCUAUUUUUGUGAUCACUGUAAAGUGAAUGGGCAUAGUACUGAGAGAUGUUUUAAGCUGCAUGGUUUUCCACCAGGAUUUCAGGGAUUCAAAAAUGAUAAAAAGUGGCAGCAGCAGCUUACACAGAAGAAGGUUAUAGUGAUGAUAUGA